AGUACACAGACAGUCGCAAUGGAAAUAGCAAACGUGAUUAUCAUUUUAUUUCUGGCCUGCAUAAAUCUUCCAAAGGUGGAAAGUGGUGAGUUAAAUGUCUUUCAAAAAUAUCAUUUAUAUUAAAUCAAUUAGACAGAGUUGUUUUGAAAAUAUCCCUGAAUUAAAUUAGAUAUAUAGAUAUAAAUAUAUUAAUAUAUAUAGAUAGAUAGAUAGAUAGAUAGAUAGAUAGAUAGAUAGAUAGGUAGAUAGAUAGAUAGAUAGAUAGAUAGAUAGAUAGAUAGAUAGAUAGAUAGAUAGAUAGAUAUAUAGAUAGAUAGACAGAUAGAUAGAUAGACAGAUAGAUAGAUAGACAGGUAGGUAGGUAUGUAGAUAGGUUGGUAGAUAGAUAGAUAGAUAGAUAGAUAGAUAGAUAGAUAGAUAGAUAGAUAGAUAGAUAGAUAGAUAGAUAGAUAGAUAGAUAGAUAGAUAGAUAGACAGGUAGGUAGGUAUGUAGAUAGGUUGGUAGGCAGGUAGAUAGAUAGAUAGAUAGAUAGAUAGAUAGAUAGAUAGAUAGAUAGAUAGAUAGAUAGAUAGAUAGAUAGAUAGAUAGAUAGAUAGAUAGAUAGAUAGAUAGAUAGAUAGAUAGAUAGAUAGAUAGAUAGAUAGAUAGAUAGAGAGAUUGAUGGAUUGAUUUAUUGAUAGAUCGAUAGAUAGUGAAGAUAAAGUUGGAACAUAAACUGAGUUUAGUUUUAAUAAUUUCAAAUAAAACAAAAAUCUCAAUAAUAUUUAUAAUCAUUUUAAUUUGUAAUAAAGUGACACAUAUUUCACCCAUAAAUAUUUAGUGCAAUGCCAAUGGGAUGAAUCGACUUAUUCUGAAGGAGCAUGCUUCUUGUACAAUAGCACGGAACUUACCUAUGCAGAAGCAAAGGUAAAUAUGCUAGUUUUUUAUUGUUUGUAUAUAUAUUUAUCUGUGUUAUAGUCAAGUUUAUCGCCUGCAGAAAAUUACAUAUAUUUUUAGCGGCGUUACGAUGUAAGACAAUUUAAUAUCGACAUCUAGACAUGCUUGUUAGUGUAAUUUAAUUAAACGUAUUACUUUUCGAUAUUAGACGGUUGGUAAUGCAUAACUGUGGGCUUAUUACUGAAGCGAUUUUUUUACUAGAUAGCAGGUGGACUAAAAGCUUAUUACUCAAUAGUUUUCUUCAUGCAUCGCUAGUAGACUGCAGAUUUUACACAAGAUGUUGCUUAAUGCAUAGCUACCAUACUGAAGACUUCUUCAUUCAAGAGAUUACUUAACGUUUAGCUAUUCGACUAUAUGCUUUUACUUAAGAGGCUGGUUCAUCAUCAAUUUAAAUUGUACUUUAAUGAUAAACAUCUUUUGGUAAUGUGCAAGUGAGUUGGUGGAGCUGAUUUUGUAUGUUUCCUGGAUAAUAGCAUUGGACUUUCUUAUUCAGAUGCCAAGGUAAAUAUGAUAAUCUUUCUCUUCAUUAUAUGCACAUGUACAUAAUUUCCUUCUGUUCAAGUGUAUCGAAUGCAGCACAUGGCAUAUACUUCAUUAGACAGUCAGCAGAAUUGAAAACAUUCUGGUAGCUUCUGUGAGGAAACUGGGGAAAAUUAUUUGUUGUAUCGGCAUGUCGACGCGCUUUUUGCGGAAAAAAAUAAUUAUUUCGAUGAUUAGACUGUAGGCUUCUUACUCAAGUUGUUUCUAAAUAAUAUCUAGCAGAAUGUAUGCUUCUUACUGUUAUGUAUUACACUUUUUCCCUGUGCGUGAACAUUGCUUGAACCCUAGCACACGCUACGAUCUUAGAUGGGCGUAGCCUAUUCGUUUGAUGUAUCUUGUUUACUACCUGCUUCCAAUUAAAAAUGUCUAGUAGGUCUAUUAGUAUCUUAUCGAAGGUUCUCGAUUGAAUUAGAAAAGUAAGGGCUUCUGUAGACACGUCGGUAGACCCUCAUAUAUAAAUGAUUGACAGACACAGAGACGAUGGAGAUUGAUAGGUAUAUGUUUAACUUCACGAGACGUUUAUUAUUCUUUGUGUUGAUUCGCAUUGAUCAUUCAUCAUUAUUAAUUGGCACAUUGUACUAACUGUAUUAACUGUGUACCGGUACAAGAUCUACCAUACUGUUAGUUGAUAACAUGUAAUUAUAUUUCUUUUGUUUUGAAAUUGUAUUAUUACUAAAUUAAAUCUUCUUAAUUGUAAUUGGCAGCUGUUUUUGUGUGUCGUAUCUUUACUAUUGUAUUUCUCUAUGGUAGCGUCAUUUGUUGUGCACUGUGUGAACGAGCCAUAACUUAAAGCAAGAGAUUAAUUUCUAACAAGAGAAGGCAGUGCGUAACACUUAAUCCAUAUGUUUGUAAAUCAUAUCUAGUAGUUUGUAGGCUUCUUACUCAAGAUGUUUGUAAAUCACAUAUAUUAGAAUACAGGCUUCUUACUUAAGAAAUGUGUUAAAGGAAGCUUCUUACUCAAGUUGUUUGUAAAUCAUAUCUAGUAGAAUGCCGGUUUCUUACUCAAGUUGUUUGUAAAUCAUAUCUAGUAGAAUGCAGGCUUCUUAAUCAAGAUGUUUGUAAAUCACAUCUAGUAGAAUGCAGGCUUCUUACUCAAGAAAUGUGUUAAAGGAAGACUGGUAGAGUGUAGGCUUCUUACUCAAGAUGUUUUUUUCAAGACUUCUUUCGCAAGCCUUUUUGUAAAUAUAUAGGAGUUAGCUUGUAGCCUUAUUACUCAAUAGCGUUUUUGAUAUAAGCUAGCAGACUAUUUUUGUAGGCUUCUUACUCAAAUGAUUUGUUAAUACGCUGCUAGUAGACUAGGCUUUUACUCAAGAAGGUUUGUUAUGGCAUAAAAAAAUAUACUUUCUGCUUCUUGCUGAUGAGUUUUUUUUAAAAUGAAUAACUAGUAUACUGGGCGCUUGACUCUUAAGAGUUGUGAACAGAUAGUAGAGCGUAAUAUUUUUACUGAAGUCUUUUAUUUGGAAAUGGCGUCAUCGAGCAGAUGAGCUAGAGCUCCUUAUGCCUUCACCAAAGAAGACCCCACGCUUUAGUAGUUAUUUUGCCAUGACAACCUCCGCCAGCAGCCACUCGAUCAGGUUCCAACUAAAGCCACCCAGCCCAAGGACAUCCGGUGGCUCUUUGACGUUGCGCUCACAGCGUCAGCAGUUGACUUUCAAAGGGGGUCGUGAUUGUAUAUGCACGUCCUAAAACCUUCUCCUCUCCCGUACCGGGGAAGCGUCAGGAACCCUCUGAAGAGAUUUAUUCAGUGAGAUUCUAUCUCACAGAAAAAUUUACCAAAUGCUUGGAAGAAACGGUUCGAACCUAGGAACAGCUUCCUCAAUCAUGUGUAAAAUUGGCUAUUUACUGUAGUCUUGUUACUAACUGAAAGUAUAUCAGUCGUCUGUUAUCUGUACGCUUCUCUAUGCCUGUGAAACGUAGACGGUAUACCAACGGCUUGCCAAAAUGCUGAAUCACUUUCUUACAACAAGAUUCAGAAAAAUCCUCAAAAUUAAAUAGCAGGACAGGGUCCCAGACACUGAGAUUUUCACACGGGCAGGACUCCCCAGCACCUUCACCCUCUUUAUGAAGUGCCAGCUUCGCUGUGUGUGACAUAUUGUGAGAAUGUCAGAUGACUGUCUGCCGAAAAUAUUUUUUUAUGGUGAGCUUGAACAAGAAAAACGGUUUGCUGGCGGAUAGAAAACACGAUUUAAAGACAACCUUAAAAUCCUCAUUCAAAGCGUUCAAAAUUAACCUAGACACAUGGGAGGAAAAAGCAAAUGGUCAAACAUCAAGGUGUUCCACUUUACACUGGAGCUCCAUGCCACAUGGAGUUUGCAGAACAAAGGCUGCAGAGCCAUCUGCGCACCCACAGACAUAACUAGCACACACCUGAUUAUUAAAGUGGUCAUGGUAGACUCCCGACUAGCGACCAACCAUGUUAAUAAAGAUAUUUGUUUAUGCAUAGCAUACUGUAGGCUUAUGUCGCAAUUGGUUUGUUGAUAUUUUGUUAGUAGACUGAUGGAUUUUUGUUUAUUCAUUAAAUACACAAAUCAACCAAACCAAUCAUCUAAACCAAUCAACCAAACUAAUCAAAUAAACUACACACAGACUAAACAAAUAAAUAAACAAAUUGAAUAAUCAAAUCAAUAAACCAAAGAUAUAUGAUGAACCCAUCAACUAAAGAAAACGACGAAGCACAUUUACUAAACAAAGCAUGUGAACAAAAUAUAAUUAAAAAAUCAUCAGAAAAAAUCAAUUAAAAAUCUUUUAAGCAAAUCAAUUAAAAAUCAUCAAAAUAAAUCAAUUAAAAAUCAUCUAAACAAAUUAAUUAAACAAAUCAUCUAAACAAAUCAAUUAAAAAAUCAUCUAAACAAAUCAAUUAAAAAUCAUCUAAACAAAUCAAUUAAAAAAUCAUCUAAACAAUCAAUUAAAAAUCAUCUAAACAAAUUAAUUAAAAAAUCAUCUAAAGAAAUCAAUUAAAAAAUCAUCUAAACAAAUUAAUUAAAAAAUAAUCUAAACAAAUCAAUUACAAAUCAUCUAAACAAAUCAAUUAAAAAAUCAUCUAAACAAAUUAAUUAAAAAAUCAUCUAAACAAAUCAAUUAAAAAAUCAUCUAAACAAUCAAUUAAAAAUCAUCUAAACAAAUCAAUUAAAAAAUCAUCUAAUACAAAUCAAUUAAAAAAUCAUCUAAACAAACCAAUUAACAAUCAUUUUAACAAAUCAAUUUAAAAAUCAUCUAAACAAAUUAAUUAAAAAAUCAUCUAAACAAAUCAAUUAAAAAAUCAUCUAAACAAAUCAAUUAAAAAUCAUCUAAAGAAAUCAAUUAAAAAUCAUCUAAACAAAUCAAUUAAAAAAUCAUCUAAACAAAUCAACAAAACAUUCUUGAAUAAAAUGCCUAAAGAACAAAAGUUUAUUUCAUACAAAAUACUAAUUGAUGCUAUAAAACAAAUCCAUAUCAGAGUGCAUGUGAAUCAAUAGGUGGAGUCCUUGCAAAAGUGACGUCCAUCACGCAAUUAAAUGGGAUAACGGCACUCCAGAAUGGUAAGUGAAAAGAGUUAUAAUCUUCUGUUUCUAUUAGGGACACGUUCGGUCGAGGUUAUUGGUGAUCUGCCACGAGGUGUGAGACCUACUGAAUAUUCAUGUGUUUUUUUUGGUCAUUUGAUUUGUCUUUAACACAGUAAAUGUACAACCUGUGUCGCCAUUCUCAGGCUCUGAAAUUGGAGUACCUGAUCUUGUGAGCUUUCUUUGCAUGAUGUUCGGCAAUAAAAUUCACUUUGUUUCUUCUUACCAAAAAUGAUAUUAUUGGUAAUGCAAAUUACACCCAUUUUUAAUUUUUCAUUCCACCAUUUGCUAACAAAAGACAAGAAUAAAAUGCCUAUUUCCAUUUCAUUCUUACUUUCUCUAUUUCCAGUAAAUGUUUUUUUUAAGACUUUUAUAACCAUUACAUUUAAAUAAUCAUUUUCAAUUACUUCUCUCAUCCCCUUUUUGUAAAUUUCAAAAAGACAUACGUCACUUGAUCAUAUCUUCACAAACUUUAAAAUAAUUCACACUGUUUUUUUUAACUUUGUACGAUUAAAAAAAAUGGUGUGAUGCAACACGCUCUUAACAUUAUUCAACACAGUGAAGUUGUUGGUCAUGUACUCUGCCAUGGAGAACAUGUUUACCCUACCUUUACCGCAAAAUCCGAAUAUUUCCUGAAGUUGAAAAGAAUUUGUUUGAAACAAAAAAAAAUAUUGCCCACCCCUAACCUCGCCCUUUUAAUUCCUCAUAUUGCAUACAUCAUUUGUUUAGUAGAAUUUGACAAUACGAAAUUGGAAUAAAAAGUAUUGCGAGAUGUAUCCUACACAUGUGACCCCCUCCCAACACACACAUGCAAUCGGUUUCUCUUCCUUCGACUUCAGAUAUGUCGUUUUAUAAAUAUAUUUUAAGUUUUAUAUCAAACAAUAUAGUUACUGUUAUUAUCCCAAAUUCCACAAAAAACUCAUAACGUACAUCGGUUCUUGAAUGCAUUCACAUUGCAGCUAGGACUGUGUGGAUCGGUGCCAACGAUAUUAAAAAUGAGGGAACCUGGGUUUGGGAAGACGACAGUACCGUUGCAACAGAGUUGAACACGCUUUGGGCCGAUGGUAACCCAAAGGAAGGCACGCACUUUAACUGCGCCCAAUUGAGAUAUAUUCAAAUCUUUAGUUGGCUCUGUGAAGCUGUCGGUUCUUUUCUUUGCAUGGAGAAAGGUACUUCAUUUAAGCGCUAUGUUACUUCGGUUUGGUAGUUGAAUUUUAAACGUUAAGUCAAGAAUGAAACAAAAACGCCCCGAACAUUACAUCAAACCAACUACAGCAUUUUUCUAUUGUUAGUAUACAUUUUUAUAGUAUCAAACUAAUGUAGCCGACUAUUGCUAUCAUAUUACAAUUUAUUAGCCUCGCAAUACAAUUUAUAAUAAAUAAAUCAACCAUAAAGGCAUACAUGGGACGUUGGCUAUUCUAUAUUAAAUAUAUUAUCUUAUUUUAGAAUAAUGUAUAUACUUGUUCAAGCCAACACAUAAAACACAAAUACUAAGCAAUGAAAAAUUAGAUUAACCUAAAAUAUUUAUGAUAGCAUUAUUUUAAAUAGAAUGUUUGUUAUGUUCAGCAUUUUAUGGCACUUUACACUGUAUUAUAUGGUCUUACAAAACAUUAGUUUUAUAUUUAUAAACUAUUUUUGUGUGUGAGGUACAUGAGAUAAUCUAAGUUAAAGAUCGUAAAGGUGUAAGGUACAUUUCAGCAUGAUGUCAAUAAAAAAAAAUAAAUAAAUAAAACUUUAAAUUAAUUUGACAGAUCUGACCACAACUCAAGAUCCGGUGGCUUCGACAAGCACAAAAAACGAUCCUGUUACCAUCAACACUGCAGCUUCCACAUCUGACAAUAGCGCUACCAUCAACACUGCAACUUCCACGUCUGACAAUAGUGCUACCAUCAACACUGCAGCUUCCACAUCUGACAAUAGUGCUACCAUCAACACUGCAACUUCCACAAACGACGCUAAAGACACCACUCUUGCGACGACACCAAUAACUUCUUUCAUGAAAUGUGGCGCAAAUGACAUCGAAUUAAAUGGUCUAUUAAUUUUACAUUUGUGCUUGUUCAUGUUUCUAGUAAUUUCAGUUUAAGUGGAUUGCUUUUUUGAAAUUUCUUUAUUUUUCGCUAUACUCAUUAAUUUGUAGCUUUGUCUGAAUAGUAAACCACAUUUUCUAAACAACAGAAAGCACCAUUCUUGUGGAUGCGUUCAAUUAUCUUAUAAUUUGAAUUUAAUUUUAUUCUUUCUUAUUCCUUGCAGUGUACAUGUAUAUAUGUUGACAGUGGCACACAGUUAUCCAUUAUCAACCCGUUUAAUCCAAUAGCUUAACGUAUUUUCUUUUUAAAAAAUGUUAUAUUCUCCUCGUGGACACAGAAACACGGGACAUUUUUUCUUUCCUGCCUCUUAUUUGCUUAUAGCAAUAUGAAUUUACGUGGAUAUUUUUUUAAAAAGUGUCUUCACUUUUAUUUCAUACAUUAAAUCACUUUAUCCUUUUUUUUAAAGAAUUUUAAGCCCUAUUUUCUUUAAAGUGUGUGCGUUCAAUUAUAUCAUACAGUGAAUUUAAUUGUAUAAAAAAAAAUAAUAAUCCUUAAUAUUUAAUGCAGGAAUUUAUCAAUCCAUUUUUUGGGGUUUGCAAAAAGAAAAUUAAAAUUUUACAAAGUCUAAAGUGCAAAAUUCCUUAGAUUAUAAAACUUUAACGUCAUUUUUUUAAAGUUAUAAAUAGCAGAUCUUGUUAGUCUUUAGCGAUUCAAUUCACUGCUUGCGACUUAGUAAUGAAAACUUUGUAAUACAAAUAAUUUCUAAUAAAAAAAUUUUUUGUUAAUAGCUUUCUUUCAUCAUUUUAAACAAAAUUAACUUAUGAUAUCAAUAUUUUUUACAUUUAUUUUAAUGAAUCGGCUCUAAAUGCCAGAAUUUUAAUCAAUACUUUCUUAGGAACAAAAAUCACCAUCAGUGUGUGUGAGUUCAAUUAUCUCUUAAUUUGAAUUUAAUUGUAUUGCUUUUUUAAAAUUCUUUAUAAUUAUACUUUGCAAGAUUUUAAAACAAAAUCAUUGGAAAGAUUUUUACAAAUUCUAAAUGAAAAAAUUCUUUACUUUAGAAAACAGUAAUGUCUAUAAUGUUUUUAAGUAGAGCAAUGUUAAUCUUCAAGUAAUUCACUUCAAGUGUUUGUGAGCCGUGUCAGAAAUUAUUACGACAGCACAUUGUUGAAAACAAUGAGACAAAAUAUAUGUAGUUCUAAUAUUA